AUGGCCUUAUCCAACCUCAUCCUCAUCCUCCUCGUCACCCUCUCCUCCUCAGCCUUCACCGGCCACUGCCGAGAGCAGAAAGUCAGCGACGUGUCGAGAAUGCUGACAUGCAUGGAGCUCCUGAUGCAGUGCCAGAACCAUAUGAGCUCUCCUAGCCCGCCACAAUCGUGCUGCGUCCCCCUCAAGCGCGUCAUAUUUCAUGACCCUCAGUGCCUCUGCGCUCUCUCCAUGAACGGUGAUUUUCUCGCUUAUUUGAAUGUCACCAUCAAGGAUGCCGCUUCUCUGCGGUAG